UAAAACGGUGUUAGACGUGUUUCAGAGGCUUACAAAGUCUGAAAACAUCAACAGCAGAAGCUCCCAGUGAUACAAACAAAUGGAUAUUAUUAUUACAACGGUGACAAGAACUCAAGUGCUCCAUAAACAUAAUAUAUAGCCUGGCCAAAGAACUGUCAACAUAAUCCAGUCCAGGGAAUUUAAAGAAUUCAAUACAACAAAGUGUGCUCCAAGUGAAAAAACAAAAGUGAAUAAAUAAAGCAGAAACCUGAAGCAAUCGAUCACGAUUGAUACAACACUCAGAAGCAUGAAAUUAAGACUUUUGCGCUGUUUGCGCCAGCAACCUUCAAAGCCGGCGGCCGUGAUGGGGCAGAAGGAGGAGAUGCAGGUGCAAUCCAUGCAUGAUCAUCACAUGCUCAAGGACAUGUCCAAGGGCGGCAUCAGGGAUACCACCGUCAAGAUCCUGCUCCUGGGCACCGCCGAGUCCGGCAAGACCACUAUCAUUAAGCAAAUGCGGAUACUGCACAUCAACGGAUUCACCGAUGAUGAGCGGCGCGAGAAGAUCCCCGAGAUAUAUCAGAACAUCCACGAGUCCAUCCUGCAAUUGGUGGGCCAGAUGGGUCUCCUGGGGAUCGACUUUGGCAGCUGCACCAGCGAACGAUCCGCCAACUAUAUACUCUCCCUGCCCGGAUCCGCUCCUGAGUACAUGAACGAGGAGUACUGCGAUCAUGUCACAACUCUUUGGAAUGAUGUGGGCAUUCGUGCCUGUUACGAUCGCUCGAAUGAAUUUCCCCUGCUGGAUAGCGCUAAAUAUUUCCUGGACAACUUUGCUCGGAUCAGCGAUGAGGAGUACAUACCCAGCACCGAGGAUAUACUGCACAGUCGGAAAAUCACCACUGGCAUCUCGCAGAUCACCUUCCGUGUGCCCAUACCCCGGAGCAUGGGUGGUGGCGAGCAGGAGUUCCGCAUGUAUGAUGUGGGUGGCCAGCGGGAUCAGCGCAACAAAUGGAUUCAGGUCUUUGAGGGCAUCCAGGCGGUGUUAUUCCUGAUCUCCUGCAGUGAAUUCGAUCAGAAUUUGAGGGAGGAUCCAACCCAGAAUCGAUUGCAGGAGGCCCUCAAACUGUUUCGGGCUGUGUGGCAGAAUCGCUUCCUUGCCUCCGCCGGACUUAUUGUGUUCCUCAACAAGUACGACAUCAUGGAGCGAAAGAUCCGAGCUGGCAAGCAUAUCGUUGACUACUUUCCCGAGUACGAGGAGUUCUGCAAGCGGCCGCAGCAGGACAAUUGCUUUGACGAGAGCGACUGGACGAAGAUGUUCAUCAAGCAGAAGCUAGUGGAUAUCACCAAGGAGCCCUUCAAGCGCCACUCCCGGAACCAGGUCGAUCUGGGCACCUCCGAGCGGGAGUGCUACUACCAUUUCACGGUCGCCACAGACACUCGGUGCAUUCGCGACGUCUUCUGCGACGUCCAGAAGAUGAUCCUCUCGGAGAACGUGUCCUCCAUGGGUCUCUUCUAGUUCCUGCUCUCAUCGGAUCAGAGCUUCUCAAAGCCUCCCCCACCAACUGUGAUCUAGUAGGUUAUUUUCUAAGUAGCCACGUAGGACCUUAGAUCGUAGAUCGUAGUCUGGCAUCGCAGCCUAUACGUUGCCUGGUAAAACGCUUUAAUGCGAUUCAUUUCGCUCUCACUCCUCUUUCAUCUUAUGUCUAAACUAUAAAUUAAGCGUACAAUAGCGUAAUAAAUUAAAAACACA